CACUAGUAACGCUGUCAGUGCAACCAAGUUCUGCAAAUAAGCUCAGAGCUGAACUUUUACUGAUUAGCAACUGUGUAGUUCAGUUAGAGCAGCUCAGGGAGGAAGGGAGUUUAGAUGAUCUGAGCCAGGAUACACUUGUAGACGUCUGCCAUGACAUCCAGACCUUGGGAAAAGCAGUUGAGAAUAUCAUUCAAUAUGUGCCAUCGUUCAAAUUCAGAGCUAUUUAUGACAAGUGUUUGAUUCAAAUCAAUUCUUUG